ACAAAACAUACCCACCCCCAAACGUGCUUCCCGGCGCCGCAGGAGCCCAUGGACACGCUGGAGUUUAAGGAACAGCAAUACUCCCCGCGCUCCUGAAAAGCAGGCUGGACGCUCUCCGUGGUGCUGAAACGUCGCGGCCGCCGCUGUCCGUGGUACCCACAGCUUCCUCGCUCCAGUUUCCCCUGGGCUCUCCCUCUGCACCCUAUUCCCCACCUCCCCUAACAUCUGGAUUAUUUUUCCAAUAGCGCUAGCUGGGUUUGUAAGUGCCAAUUCGAAGCAUUUUUGCCCCGUAACUCGUGGACUACAAAGCACAAGGACCUGAAAAAUGUACAGCUUCAAUACUCUUCGACUCUACCUUUGGGAGACCAUUGUAUUCUUCAGCCUUGCUGCUUCUAAGGAGGCUGACGCCGCCCGCUCCGCACCCAAACCCAUGUCACCCUCAGAUUUUCUGGAUAAACUAAUGGGGAGAACUUCUGGAUAUGAUGCCAGGAUCAGGCCCAACUUUAAAGGUCCCCCGGUGAACGUGAGCUGCAAUAUUUUCAUCAACAGCUUUGGUUCCAUUGCUGAGACAACCAUGGACUAUAGGGUCAACAUCUUUCUGCGGCAACAGUGGAAUGACCCCCGUCUGGCCUACAAUGAAUACCCAGAUGACUCUCUGGACCUGGACCCAUCCAUGUUGGAUUCCAUCUGGAAACCUGAUCUGUUCUUUGCCAAUGAGAAGGGGGCUCACUUUCAUGAGAUCACCACAGACAACAAACUGCUAAGAAUCUCCCGGAAUGGGAAUGUCCUCUACAGCAUCAGAAUCACCCUGACACUGGCCUGCCCCAUGGACUUGAAGAAUUUCCCCAUGGACGUCCAGACAUGUAUCAUGCAACUGGAAAGCUUUGGCUACACCAUGAAUGACCUCAUCUUUGAGUGGCAGGAGCAGGGAGCCGUGCAGGUGGCUGACGGACUGACCUUGCCUCAGUUUAUCCUGAAGGAAGAGAAGGACUUGAGAUACUGCACCAAGCACUACAACACAGGUAAAUUCACUGCAUCGAGGCCCGGUUCCACUGGAGCGGCAGAUGGGCUACUAUCUGAUCCAGAUGUACAUUCCCAGCCUGCUCAUCGUUAUCCUCUCAUGGAUUCCUUCUGAUCAACAUGGAUGCGGCACAGCCCGUGUGGGCCUGGGCAUUCACCACUGUGCUCACCAUGACACACCAGAGCUCUGGCUCCCGACAUCCCUGCCCAAGGUAAGUGCUAC